CGGAGGGAGAUGAUGAUUAAUCCACUUGGGAAUAUGCAAAUCGGGAUGAGGCAAGGGGAAACCGUCUUCAAUACCAGAUGGCUAUAAAAGGCCCCUUUUUGCAUUCCUCGACUCUUGAAGAUUUAUCAUAUUCCAGUUCAGUCCUUAAGAAGGGAGUACAAACCGCUUAUUGUUCAAGCAGUACGGAGUACUCUAUCUGAUUCCACCUUCCUAUCUGCAACAGAAGACCAAUGUCUGCAAUCAAAUUCCUCAUCACCGGUGCAACGUCCGGCCUGGGCGGUUCCGUGCUUUCUACCCUCUACAAGCACAUUUCUCCCAGCGACAGGUCCUGCAUCGCAGCCGCGUCCUCCCGUCAAGAAGCGUCCGGGAAGCUGCAGAGUGAUUAUCCCGGCAUCCAGUUCCGAACACUGGAUUUUGACGACAAGACGCAGAUGGUGCAAGCCCUGAACGGGGUGGAAAGGUUCUUCUUCGUGUCUAGCCCCGAGCCGGAUAGCCCAAAGAGAGAGAAGCAGCAUGCAAACGCGGUGGAGGCUGCGAAAGAAGCCCGGGUGAACUAUGUGUAUUAUGCCAGUUUGGCCUUUGGCGGGUACGAAUCGAACAGCAAGGUUGGGCUGCAACAGGCCCAUUUGGUGACGGAACGAUUGCUCCAAGAAUCCGGACUGCGCUAUACGUCAGUCCGUAUGGGCGUCUACACGGAUGCGUUCCCCUUCUUUAUCUCGUGGUACCCGGGCACCACGACGAUCUACCAGGCAGCCGACGGGCCAGUGGCAUUGACGUCGAGAGAGGAACUUGGCGAGGCCACGGCAAAUUUGAUGAUGCGCGACCCUGCAACCUUGUCUUUCAAGAACAACAUCGCUCUCCUCACGGCAUCACGCACGUACACGUUCACCGACGUGGUGCAGGCCGUGGCCCAGGCCUGCGACCAAGAGAUCAACAUCGAAAAGGUAUCCAGAGAAGAGUUUCCGCGCAUCCUCGCCGCAGAAGACGCGAAGGACGGCAGAGGUGGAAAGCCCAAGGAGUUCUUCGAUUCCUGGCUGGUUUUCAUGGAUGCGAUCGCGGCGGGGGAAGCGAAGACGGUGGAUCCGCUGAUGGGCGAAUUGCUUGGGCGAGAACCAAAGGAUGCCAUGCAGCAUGUACAGCAGCUUAUCAAGGAUGGGUUGGACCAGGGAGGGUACACGUGGCAUCAGAAUUACGCGAAGCGUUGAGUGAUCCGAGAUAUAUAUAUUUUCUACUCCGUAGCUGAGACCCUUCUUUGUGUUAUUGCCGUCUUCUCGGGCGUGAAUAGCGUUCUAUCGAAGAAUCUUCGGCUUUCG